GUGCCUCAACUGAGGAUACGGUCCAGGUCUCUUAUCUAUCUGUAAAGCUAAAGGAGUUUGAGGACCAAUGGGAAGAUGAGAGGCUUUUCGUCGUUAUGGCAACGCCCAAGGAGCCCAGCAUAUGAUGAUUGCCGGGGGGGAACAAGCUAGAGCAGGGCCAGAGCGCAGCUACUGCUCGGGAAUUCGUGUGAAUGGGGAGCCCUGGGAACAGGUUUCACUGUUCUUUACAAAGCUGAAAAUAUGACUCUCAUCAAAGGUUCCUUUACCUACUCCAGCGGUGAGGAAUAUCUUGGAGAGUGGAAGGAAGGCCGGAGACAUGGGAUUGGCCAGCUAUCAUUUGCUGAUGGGAGCAUGUACGUAGGCCAGUUUGAGAAUGGGCUUUUCAGCGGAUAUGGGGUGCUCACCUUUCCAGAUGGCUCAAGGUAUGAAGGGGAGUUUGUUCAAGGGAAAUUCCAGGGCACUGGUGUUUUUACUCGUUACGACAAUAUGAAGUUUGAGGGCGAAUUUAAAAGUGGCCGAGUAGAAGGAUACGGGUUGUUGACAUUUUCAGAUGGCUCUCAUGGGAUUCCUAGGAACGAAGGUCUGUUUGAGAAUAACAAACUGGUAAAGCGAGAAAAAUGUCAAACCGCAAUUCAGAGGGCUUUAAGUGCCUCUAAAGCUGCUUGCUGCCUAGCAGUGAACCAGGUCUGAUGGGAAAAUAUCAUCCUCUCCUGACAGCUACAUCGCCUGUGGUAUACAUUGAGUACCCUCACUCUAAUUUUCUCUUUGGCUUGUUUACACUGCUUGCUGGUUUAAGCAGAGAAACAAGCUGCAACUUCACCAACUCUCUUCAUCUGUCGUACCACGCAUAUAAUUGCUGUCAGGAAAAGUGAAAGGCUCCCAAAGCUAUAUAACGAACUCAAAUACUGCUCCUUCCAAGUGCAAUGGAACACAGAGAGUGCCUCCGACCGAAGAGCCGACCUGUGCAUCUCAGAAGUUAUUGUAAUUAGACAAAUAAUUUAUAUAUCAUAUUAUACAAAUGUUAUGUAUCCACAUACCUAAUAUAUCUUCUAUUCACUAGGUACUUUACACUGUUUAUUAUAUUGGCAACUUUAAUGUAAGAAAGAAUUGUGAGUAUAUGUAAACACAGGGUUUCCAUAUUUUGAAAUGUGUUCUAUUUACACAAGCAAUAUGCUGAUAUUUAAUUAACUCUAGCUAGCAUGUAGGGCAUUAUUGGUGUACAGGGUAAUGACUAGUGUAUAUUGCAUAGUAGCAUAUGUAGGUACUCCUAAGAUGGGCAGUAUAAACCAAUGACAUCAAUACUAGUCUGUACACCUUUUAUUUUAUUGUUUUUGUACCUCUAUUAGGAGGAAAUGCUUGAACACUUUUACAUUCCAUUAUCACUUGAGGUAGUAAAAAUCUUGUAAUUUAUUUUUUUGUUCUUCAAUUGGCUGUUAUAGUCUUUGCCUUAUUAUAUAUAUCUAUAUAUUAUUAUUUUUUUGUACGGCUGGAUUUUCUAAAGCGGAGAAAGGGCAUUUUGAAUAAUAUUUGCUUAGAACAUUAGCUGAAGAUAUUUGGGGACAAGGGAAUGAUAUAAUC